AUGCUCAGGCAGACUCUGAAGAGACCUGCUACAUCCCAAGCUACAUGCUCAAGCAUUUUCACUCGCUUUGUACGGCAGCAGAGUACACUGCCGCAGCUGCACACUGCCUUUCUCGCUCUGGGCUCCAAUCUCGGAGACAGGCAACGCUAUAUCCAGCAAGCACUAGACCAGCUCGAUGCCCGCGGCAUUCAAGUCAUCAAUACAUCCAUGUUGUAUGAAUCUGCUCCCAUGUACGUGACUAAUCAGCCGGCGUUUCUCAAUGGAGCUGCUUGUGUGCUGACUUCUUUGUCGCCGCACCAGCUCAUGAAGGCAUGCCAGCAGAUCGAAAAGGAGCUUGGCAGAGUCAAGACUAUAGAAAAAGGAGCACGGACGAUUGAUCUCGAUGUCUUGUUGUAUGACAAGGACAUUGUCAAGACGCAGGACCUGACCAUCCCUCACAUUGGAAUUGCUGAACGUGAUUUUGUCAAAGUGCCGUUAUCGGACAUUACGAACCUCUCUGCCCACGGGUACGAGCAGCCAGAGACGAGUCUGCCGCUCUACCAACCUUGGCUAAAACCCAAGACAAACCUCAUGCUCAUCUACAAUGCCACGCCCGACUCCUUCUCUGACGGCGGCCAGCAGUCGCUCGAUCGCGUUGCUGACUUUUGCCAAGAUCUGGAUGGUAUAGACAUGAUUGACGUGGGUGGACAAUCCACCCGACCGGGUGCUGUGCCCGUUUCGCCGCAAGAAGAAAUCUCCAGGGUUGUACCAGUCAUUGGCGCUUUGCGUCAAGCUGGUGUCACAAUGCCCAUUAGUAUUGAUACAUUCGAUGCAUCCGUAGCACGAGCGGCAUAUGAAGCGGGUGCAACCAUCAUCAACGAUGUGAGUGCCGGCGUUGCUGACCCUGGCAUGUUGCCAACAGCUGCACAACUUGGCUGUCCUAUUAUUUUGAUGCACAUGCGUGGUACACCCGAGACCAUGCAGCAGCUGUGCGAGUAUCCUGAUGGUGUUGCAGAAACAGUCAUGCGAGAACUCAUGCAACGCUAUCAAGCUGCCAUUGCCGCUGGUAUCCGCUCCUGGAAUCUUGUGCUGGAUCCUGGCUUGUCCUUCAGCAAGACUCUUGAACAAAACAUUGAAUUGAUGCAGACGCCACUGGGUGGCAAGAUUCCCUGGCUGGUAGGAGCAAGUCGCAAGGGCUUCAUUGGCAAAAUUACGGGCGUAGCAGAGCCUGACAAGCGACAGAUUGGCACUGCGGUGGCUGUUGCACAGAGUAUUCGGCAAGGUGCACGGAUUGUGCGUGUGCAUGACAAGAGUAUGCGUGAAGCGGUCAGGAUGGCAGACAUGCUCUACAAUCGCUGA